CCAACUUCUUGGUGCUGUGGUUCAGUCUAUAAUCAAAUAAAGAAGUCGCAGAGUUAUCCAGACUAGCGGUAAGCAGUGUCAAUACAGAGUGAUGAGUGUGGCGUGGCUUACCGGUGACAAUUGGGGAACCGUGGUCCAAUCAAAAGCCCCGAAAUAUCUGACGAACUUCGCCAACCAUUGACCUGAAACCUGACGCUGAAGAAUUACACGGGCACUUCGGGCUAGCUCCGCCGUCCAGGGUUGAGUUUGGGACCAUGUGUGUCAAAAGCCAGACCUGUAGUGUCAUGUGUUAGUAAUCAUGAUUAGGUUGUCUAACUACAUCCUAGUUUGUUGCGCUGGCCAAUCGUGGGAGUCCUUAAAUUUUGACCGGAGAGAAAUGGAUAAGAUAGUCCCGCCUAGCCAAUCAGGGGAGACAUUGCUGGCAAGCUCAGUUUGAUUUAUGCUGUCCUGAAUUUGCACACAGGGAGAGAAUGCAGUGAUGAAGCCAAAACACUGUGCUAAACAAGACAGUGACUAGUGAUGCAGACUUGUAUGUCCAAAAACAUCAAAGGGGCAAAUUUAGCCGGCUAACAUGACAAUAGCGACAGCACAUCGUAGGAUGCCAGGCGCUGUUGUGUCGAUUGCAGUUUUUUGUGAAUAAAGAACGGCUAUCAAAAUAUCAACAGGGGAAUCUGCAGGAAGAUGCAACCAUCCAAAGCCGUUAUGGCUUUCACGGUGGAUUCCUUGAUGGCACCAGCCCCUCCGUCUCAAUCGACCGUGAGCAGCGCGCCGUCCUACCAUCACUACGCCGGCCUUGGGAGCUUCCUGCCCGUACAUCCUCAUGGAAGCGCAGCGGUCGUCCCAGCUCACGGGAACGGACUUUUACACCACCUCCACACACCACAGCACCACUUGUCGUACCAUGGUUCCAUAAGAGGCCCUCCUCUUCAUCUGAUAUCCCCUCCUCAUACAGCAAUUUCAGAUACCGAAAAUUCUUCCACUCCAAGUACAAAAGCUCCACUUAAUGACCAACAAUCGGACUUCUACCCACCUAGGACUAUGAUUGGUCAUUUACCUACCGAUUAUCAGCAACACCUCGACCAAGAACCUGCCUGGCGCAGAGCUCUUAGAGAAAAUGCCCAUUUUCGAGAAACGAAUUCAUCGAUAAUAAGUGACCGGCUAACCCAGGCCGAUAUGAGCCCACUUUCGGAUUCUGACGGUAAAGUGGACGGGGAAUGCCGCAGUGAGCACGGCGGGGAUUGCACCGAGUCUCCGUUGCAGGAAGACCCGGACGACGACCAGGCUGAGUCUGGUGACGGUGACGGGGACGCUGGCUGCGGUGGCGGGCGGGGUGGCUCCAAGUCCCGCCGGCGCAGGACGGCCUUCACUAGCGACCAGCUCCUGGAACUCGAGAAGGAAUUUCACAGCAAGAAAUACUUGACUCUGAGCGAGAGGUCGCAAAUUGCAAGGUCCCUACACCUGAGCGAGGUGCAGGUCAAGAUAUGGUUUCAGAACCGGAGGGCCAAAUGGAAGCGCCUGAAGGCGGGGAUUACGAGUGGACGUAACGGGGUUAAUCCUAAUCCAAAACUGGUGGUGCCUAUCCCCGUACAUGUCAACCGGUUCGCCAUCCGAUCUCAGCAGCAGUGCCGGCCCCGCUUGCCAGAACCCAAUGACCCUGUACCACAGAUAGGUUUACACCGAGACGUCAACAGUGUGGGAGAAUUAUACGGCAAGACAGCCACUGUAUAGUGGUACCGGCAAAUCUAACGCUCAUCUUUUCGCACCGACUGGUCAAAUUGAUCACAGCAACUGCAAAUUGACGAAGUGAUGUAGGACUGUGCAAAUGGUCAUGUCACAUUGUGUACCCGUCAUUACCUGACAAAAUUCGGAGCACUUGUACAUUUCUAGUUGAGCCAUGUACACAACAUACAGGACACGUUGAAUCGGCAGCACGUCGUCACCAUGAACUUAAGACACUUCACCUGUCGCGAUUAAAAAGGUAUACCGCAUCGAUUUCUUUUGCUGCAGAUAAGAUUGAAACUGUUGACUCUAGUCAUUUGCAUCCUCUGUAUGUAAAAUGUUGGAAGAAGGACGCAAAUAACCCACCGUAAUUUAAUAUACCGUACUAUUCUCGUGAUCUCAUAGUCAGUGUGUACUAUCUUUGUGCUGUGUUUCUUGGCGACAAAGUGUGACAGUUUUCCUUUCAGUUGAGGAAAAUUGAAUCAGAAAAGUAUUUGAAAUGCAAUAUCUCUUUUCAGUUAAGGGCGAAAUGGUAUCCCGGCUUGAGGGAAAAUUAUCUGGAAUGCCACCCAAAUUUGAGGGCUGAACUGGACUUGAAACUAAAAGGACAUUUUUUUUAUCGAAACUGUUGUAAGCCAUAACCUCGCAGUCUGUGCCAUGCUGUCAAAUUCCGUCUUUUUUCGACGCCUCAUUUGUACUGCCGUUAAGUUUAAAUGACGGAUUUGAUCCGAACUAGUUCAAUUUGAUACUCUGCAAUCCCACGUCCUGGCAUUUUCACGAGGUUCUUGGAGAAAAACAAGUAUUUGUCAUUCAGAAGUUGUGCAUCAAUGAGAAAUCCUUUGAUCAUUGUAACUCGUUCCUUCGUGAGAUUCUGGUGAGGAAAUGUCAAAAUGCAUCUAAUUCUCAGUCAGCAAGUUGCUCCGAAAGUUUAAUUUACAGCCGUAUUUAUUAUGUAAAGUGGACUUAGAUAUUGAGGCAAAUAGUACUCUCAGAACGAAAAUUCAGGCCGAUCAUUUCUUUUCAGUUAUGAACUUCCACCGUCUUGACCGGUAUUUUGGAUGGACCAACCCGUCUCAAUCGAUAAAUGUGUUACUUAAUCUAGUUGUUAGCUUCUAUAGGUUCCUGUGCUCAGGCAUCAAUUCCGUAGCGAUUUUCGGUACGCAUUUGCUCUCCAGAAAGAGUGCUUCACAUGUCGCAUAACUGUGUUGUCUUUCAGAGCUUCAUUUCUUGAACUGUUUGUUAAAGCUGUACCGAAAUGCAAGUGUGUCGAAGGGACGGUCUUACAACAGUAUUCAGUAAUUAUUGUGCUAACGCGUAUGAAAACAGUGGGUGUGAUUUGGUCCAAAUUUAAUGUCACAUUAAACAUACAAAUGGCCUUUGUAAAUUUA